AACCUAAACCAGACAUUCGUUUAAAUUAAUUCGCCUGAAUUGUCAAGACGAAAAGUACUCCAAAAAAAAAAAAAACACACGGAGACAUUGUUUUGAGUUUUGUGCUUGCAUUUGUUCGUGUCCACAGAGAAAUAUCACACAUCCAGCACAAGUGAAAAUUCGAAGGCAAAAAAGCCUUCAAGACAGGUCUGUUGUAUAUACAAGUAAAAGAAACAAAUAAUCCUCGCAUCACAGCUUGCUGCAUCCAUUCCCAAACAUGGCUUCCUCCUGCUCACUAUUCAACUCCUCUCUCGCCACCAAAUCCAACUUCCAAUUGCUUCAUCAUCAAAACAAUCCAAAAUUCAAUCGUCCCACCCCUACUGUUAUCUCAUGUACUUUCUCACCUACUACUAGCUCCUCUAACAACAAUUCCCCUUCUCCCCAAAAGAACCGACGCCUUCCCGAUGAGAACAUCCGCGACGAGGCUCGGCGCCGCCGCUCCACCGCCGAGAACAUCUUCUCCGCCAAAUACAUUCCCUUUAACGCCGGACCCGACUCCACCGAGUCCUACUCGCUCGACGAGAUUGUCUACCGGAGCCGUUCCGGCGGAUUGCUCGACGUUCAACAUGACAUGGAGGCUUUGAAGAAGUUCGACGGCGCGUAUUGGAGGGAGUUAUUCGAUUCGCGUGUCGGGAAGACCACGUGGCCGUUAGGAUCAGGAGUUUGGUCCAAAAAGGAAUGGGUUUUACCCGAGAUUGACCCCGACGACAUCGUUUCUGCUUUCGAAGGGAACUCCAAUCUGUUUUGGGCCGAACGGUUCGGGAAACAGUUUUUAGGGAUGAACGAUUUGUGGGUUAAACACUGCGGAAUCAGCCACACCGGCAGUUUCAAGGAUCUGGGAAUGACCGUUUUGGUCAGUCAAGUUAACCGUCUACGAAAAAUGAAACGAGCCGUCGUUGGAGUCGGCUGCGCUUCCACGGGUGACACGUCAGCUGCCUUAUCCGCUUAUUGCGCUGCCUCUGGGAUUCCUUCCAUCGUCUUUUUACCGGCAAAUAAAAUCUCCAUUGCCCAACUAGUUCAACCGAUUGCAAACGGCGCAUUCGUUUUGAGUAUCGACACUGAUUUCGACGGUUGCAUGAAGUUAAUCCGGGAAGUUACCGCCGAGUUACCGAUUUACCUUGCCAAUUCCUUGAACAGCUUGAGACUCGAAGGGCAAAAGACGGCUGCCAUUGAGAUUUUACAGCAGUUUGAUUGGGAAGUUCCGGAUUGGGUUAUUGUUCCGGGUGGUAAUUUGGGGAACAUUUAUGCUUUUUACAAAGGGUUUAAAAUGUGUCAAGAACUAGGGCUUGUUGAUAGAAUACCUAGAUUGGUUUGUGCCCAAGCAGCCAAUGCUAAUCCACUUUACUUGUAUUAUAAAUCAGGGUGGAAUGAGUUCAAGGCAGUCAAGGCAAAUACUACAUUUGCAUCUGCUAUUCAAAUUGGUGACCCUGUUUCUAUUGAUAGAGCUGUGUAUGCUUUGAAAAAUUCAAAUGGGAUUGUUGAGGAAGCGACUGAGGAGGAGUUAAUGGAUGCAACGGUGCAGGCAGAUUCUACUGGGAUGUUUAUUUGCCCUCAUACUGGAGUUGCAUUGACUGCUUUGAUUAAGCUUAGAAAUAGUGGGGUUAUUGGAGCCGGGGACAGGACGGUUGUGGUUAGUACAGCUCAUGGAUUGAAGUUUACACAGUCUAAGGUUGAUUAUCACUCCAAGGAGAUCCCUGAUAUGGCUUGCCGGUUUGCUAAUCCACCCGUGCAAGUGAAGGCGGAUUUUGGUUCUGUUAUGGAUGUGCUGAUGAAGUACUUGGGAGAUAAAGCUCCUAAGCACUAGGUGAAUCGUUUUGAGAUUUAUGCUUGGUUUUUAAUUUUGGUGUUGCCUUGCUUCUUUCAUUUGUUAUAUAGAUUUGGUCUAGGUUGGCUUACUCUGUAGAAAUCAUCCGUUAGCCACAUAAAUUAUCUUAUUUUUGAGUCAGAAGCUUUAAUGCUUUUACACGUAGUUCGGUAUUUGUAACAGUUGCGUCAAUAACUUGUUCAAUAAAAGUCUUAUAUUUGUGGCUUUGGGCGAUCAGACUUGUAACCUACAUAGAUGGUUGUGCCUCAUGAACAUGCUUACCUUUACUCUGCAUUCACCCAACAAAGUUUGAACCUACUAGGAUUUAUGCGCAAGUGUUUCAUCUGUAUACACUUCUCAUGUAAUGUAACUACUCAAUUAAUUUAUUUCUAAAGUUUGGGUUUGUUGUGUU